AUGUGCUCAGACCAAUUCAGCCUUCAUUUGGUCAUCCCCUCGAGGAAAUUUCGGGUCGAGAGAGAUUCUACAGCGAUUGGCGGGAGGCUAUAUGAUGUGUCUGUUUUGAAAGGUUAUCCGAACCUACGAGUGAUAGAUAUUGGGCUGGAGGAUAUUCAGGUGUCGGGACCAGGAACAAAUGGUGUGAAUGAUGCCCCGGAUUGGUACGACCUCGACGCUGUCAUACCGUCUUUAGUGCAGAGAACGCAUCAGGACGUCGGGUCCGUUUUCUCGGUCAUUCUCAAUACCAUGCAUCCGAUCACCUUUUUGAGGAGCUGA